AUGCACGUCCUUUCCACACUCAUUCCGAGCCUGGGCUUGUUUGCCCACCUCAGUGCUGCUGCCUAUACGUUGCAGGACGACUAUGGCACCACUGACUCGUUCUUCGAUAAGUUCGACUUUUUUACGAGCUCCGACCCCACCAACGGCUACGUGAGCUACGUCGACCGUUCGACCGCUAGCAGUGGUGGCCUCAUCAGCACUUCCGGUGGUUCGGUGUACAUUGGUGUCGACACUACCAACACCGCUAGCAGCCCAGGCCGCCAGAGCGUUCGCCUGGCGAGUACCAACACCUAUACGCAUGGCUUGGUGAUUUUGGAUUUGGAGCACAUGCCCGGCAGCGUUUGCGGCACUUGGCCUGCCUUCUGGAUGCUCGGUUCGAACUGGCCCAACAACGGCGAAAUCGACAUUAUCGAAGGCGUCAAUACCCAAAGCAACAACCAGAUGACCUUGCACACCAGCGAUGGCUGCUCUAUAACCAACUCCGGCUUCACCGGCACCCUGGAGACAAGCAACUGCUACGUCGAGGCCUCAGGGCAAUCCGCCAACUCGGGCUGCGGCAUCGUCAGCUCCAGCUCGCAGUCGUACGGCGACGGCUUCAACAACAACGGUGGCGGUGUCUACGCCACCGAAUGGACCUCUUCUGGCAUCAAUAUUUGGUUUUUCCCGAACUCGAGCGUCCCAUCGGACAUCACCAGUGGAAGCCCCAACCCAUCGGGCUGGGGGACUCCCUCUGCCGCGUUCUCGGGAAGCUGCGAUAUCGAUUCACACUUUAACAAUCUGCAAAUUGUCUUCGACAUCACCUUCUGCGGUGACUGGGCCGGCGGCGUCUGGUCGUCUAGUAGCUGUGCCUCCAAGGCCAGCACUUGCAACUCCUACGUCCAGAACAACCCUUCCGCCUUCACCGAUACCUACUGGCGCAUCAACUCGCUCAAGGUCUACCAGGACAGUGGCAGCUCUAAGCGUGAUAUCCACUCCCAUGCCGCUGCGCAUGUCCGCAACAACCUGGCUAUCGGUGAAGUCAAGUCGCACCGCACUGCGCCGUAUGUCCGACCCGCGCCCCAUCCGGCCUGGAAACACCGCCGUGGCCAACACCAGCAUGGACAUUCUUAG